AUGACUGAAUUGAGACGUUGUUUUUCCAACUCAUUAUCUAUAAAUUAUCCUUCUGCUAAGCUUCUUCAUAUUCCUUUGGCUGACGUUGAUCGAUCUUCUAUCUCACAUGUUAACUCCAUUGUGCGAGAAAACCAGCCAGUAGAUGUCACAUUCAUAUCGCAUUCUGGAUUGUCUCCUUCUAUUAUAGGCAGUACUCAGGAGAUUAAGAAGACAUCAUCACCAUUAUCUAUACAUAAAACUUCACACUCAGAAAACCUUAUUUCUGAAGGCAUCCAUCCCGAAUCAACAGUCAAUGGCACAGCUAUCAGCACACCUCUGGAUUAUGUAUCUGAUGUCAUUUCAUCGAUAUCUCAGACCAAUGAAACCGUUAGACACUAUUACGAUUUAUUACAAGGAUCUUUUGAGUCUCUUCGAACACUUUUUGACCAAUCGUCGUCUUUAUCCCCAAAGUCUGAUGCAGCCGGCAACUCGGAGUAUAGAACAAUUCCUUCCUUGGCAAGGAUGCUUAAAGAUCGGUGCUUUGUCACUGCAUAUACCACAGUGAAGCAGACGUUUGACCAGGGUAAUUUUCUUACGCCGACGGAAUUGGAGCAACUAAUAUUAGAGCUAUAUCCUCAGAAAACUUUGGCAUAUUCGUUGGUGUUACUCUAUUCUCAAAAAUAUGACAUUACUGCAUUUGAUACCACCACCAUUUGCAGAAUGCUCAUGCUAUCUCACAGCAAUAACGACUAUUCGAUGUUCGACAAACUAUUCACAACGUAUCUCAACGUUUCAGAUUCGACCGAUCCGUCAAUUCUAAGUAUAGCGUUUAAGGUGUAUUUGGACACAGAUAAUGUUAGCAUGGCUAACCAAAUUUUUAAUCAAUCGGUGUUAACCGAACCAGAGCUUCCGUGCUUCUUACUAGACAAAUAUCUCAAGAACUUGAAGAGAACCACAAGAAAUGUUGGUUUAUGCUAUACCGCGUAUAGACUCUGGCUUUCUAAAGAUUUUGUUACCUGGCCGAAGACCGACGCAUUCAUGUACAAGUUUGUGCGAGACUGCGGAUCCUCCGAGCAGCUAGACUGGUUCAUGGGAUCAUUGGCGAGAAGAAAUAGAGCCACCAACCCGGAGAUUUUAUUAGUGGACUUAAUGCUGAAGCUAAGAAAGCGUACAGAACUCGAUCUAUUCUACUCUCAAGGUGACUAUCAGAAAUGGGUGGGACUUUUGAGUGGCAGCAAUUUUCUGCUAGACGAGUUUGAGACCAAAUUGAUUGAUUUAAACCUCAGUCAAGGAAACUACCAAAGAGCUAGAACAAUACUGAUCAAUUCCGACACUGAGAAGCACUUUUUAAGAAGGUUAGAUAAAAUAAUUGUUCACUUGAAGGAGUAUAGACAGACAAAAACUUUGGUAUCGCUCUUAUCAAAGUUGCAUUCAGAGGCUGGCUUAAAGAUUCAUGAGAUUUAUCCAGAAGCCAUUUGGGACAGUCUUGUGAAACAGUAUCCGCAGUUUUCCACGGAUAUUACGAAGAAAUUCAAUUACUUUGUUGAACAAGAUCGAUCUCAUAUCUUUAGAUCAUUGUUGAAAGGGAUGAAAGUGGAAAAGGAUUGGAGGAGCGACGGCGCGUUUGCAUAUCCUUCCAAGAACAUAAAUGGUAAGGACAUUUGUAAUGAUCUUACACCACUGCCAGACAAUCCGUCGAUUGACGCGAUCGAGUCAAGGAUAAGGUGCGGCAUCAAUCCCACUCAACAUAAAGUCGUUAAAGCUAUGAGGUACUGUGAAAACAUUGACCAAUUCAAUAGAAUUGUAACACUUAUAUGCCACCAUCCUAAAGAGCUCAAAAUGGAGGAUCUUGGGUUUCAAAUACAAUUAUUCUGGAAGCAGAGGCAGUUCAAAAUGAAUAUGCCAGGUGGCAGAUCUGUCAGAAACUUCCUAUGUCGUGCUAUAGAGAAUAUGGAUAGUUUAGAUAGAGCGACGAUGCGGAAUCUCAUGGAGUUGAUUAUGAUGAGCACGAAAUUUGAGGACUUUGACUUGGGCUAUCAAAUUUUGAAGUAUAUCCGGGUGAAGAAGUUAAGGCCAGCAUGCUCCGACGAUGCUCAAAGGCUCAGCUAUUGCCUUGUCAAUUUUUUCUUUAAGCAGAAGGAUUUUGAGAGUCUUGUGCUGGUAUUAGAGCGAGUUAAAGAGGAUCCUAAUAUCAAUCUUAAUCCUUUUUUCAUUAAAAGUCUUGUUCGACUUAAAGAGAAGUACACAACACUCCUAUUGGAAGAGGAAGAUGAAGAUCCAGAGAACUUCAGGAAAAGUGUUUAUAUGAAAUUGUUGAACUACUAUGAUAAGACAAUUUGCGAAUUGAACAAGAAAUACCGUACGGAAAGAAGUCAAGUGGAAAAAGAAGUUGACGAUGAUUUGCAAUUUCUUUCAAGCUGGAUUAGAGAUGACUUGCAUAGAGAGCAAUAG